UAAUGUAGAUUUCAAGCUAGCUUAAACAGCGGAACUUGUUAGCUAACGGUUAAAGAUUUUUUCAAGCUAGUUAGUGUAACUUUAGCCUUAAUUUAACCGAAGCAGUAACACGAAAUUAUUACCUUUUACUACAGUCGUUGCUCUUUCUCAGACAAGUAAAAUGAUAAAGUUAAACUGUGUUAAUCUUGACAGGUUUAUGUCGGAGUUUACUCAACUAGAACAGAAAAUUACAGGGCUUACUGGCAAAAACAGCAUGUUGGAGAUCAUGCUGGAGGAUGCUCAUAGACUCCUGAAAUUCUCCCAGACCAAGGAGAAAAGUCUGAUUGAGGAGAGAGACAGUCUUCUCGUCUCAGUGAACAGACUGCAGCAGACUCUGCAGGAGCAGUGCAACCUCAGAGUGGAGAAUGAGAGACUGAAGAACGACAUGGCGGACCUGAAACAACAGAAUGAAAGAACAGCAGAGGAUGGAGCGGCUGAGCUUCAGCAGCUCAUCAGUGAGAUGGCAGCAGAAAGAGAGAGACACAAGAGGGAGCUAGAGACUGUCAGGCAGCAGUGCAGGAGCGUGGUGGAGGAUGUCCACAGGAAGGGUUUCAUUCAGUUGGAAGCUAAAGAUGCUGAAGUAAAGAACCUGUUGGAGAAAAAAGAUCUGGAUCUGGAGGAGCUGAAGAAGAAGCUGAAGGACCAGGAGAGGGAGAGGCAGAGUGAGCUCCUCAAGCUACAGAUGGAAUUUGGUGCAAAGUUAGCCAGAGUUCAGAGCACAGCAGCUCAGUGGAGUCAGCAGCAGCAGCAGCAACAACAACAUGGUUCCAACCUUCCACAGAGUGUCUUCAAGAGGAAGCUGCAGUUCUUCCAGGAGGAAAAGAACAAGGAGAUUGUGGCUCUGCGUCAGAGAAUCAAAGAGCUGGAAGAGAACCAGCGAGCCAGUGGCUUGAGUGACAGCCGUCUGAAGAGGAGAAAGAUGUAGUUUGGUCAGAGGCUAAAGAGCUGUUGACCUGUCGGCUCUGCAGGUGCAUCAAUCUCCCCACUUCUCAGGGGGGCUUGUUUUUUACGUAUUUAUUUAAUUUCAUUUGGCUCGAUUUGUAUUUCAGUUUCGUUUCAAAGCAAAAUUCAGUUGUUUCUCAGCGCUGUUGACUUAUUUUACAGAUCACUUCAUUGACCACACUGCUUCUCUUGCACUGUCAUACUUCAGCUCUGCAGAUUCACCGUGCUGCUUGCAGGUGACCAGAGUACAGAGAGCACAUGUAAACACAGGCCAUACUCCUGUCUAAGGCUUUAAUCCAAUCAGACGCCUGCAUGGGCGGGCAGGAGGCACUGAAGAAGGAGGGGUGCACCUCGUGAAUCAGAUAGCUGGCAGGCCAAUCUCAUUCAGGGAGUUAAACCUGUUUAUCUCUGUUCAUUCAAAGAAAACAAACCAUUUAACUCCCAUUCAUUUAUCCUGGUUAUGUCAGAUUCAUUUAAUUCAAACUUUCUGAAAAAGUAGAGCUCUUGAUCUUUAUUUCCUGUAAAUUGUGUUUAAUGAUUUUCCAUUGUGAUGUUUAGGAAAGUAAAGGUCUGUAAAUAUCUGCUUUUCUCAAUAGCCUAAAACUUUUACAUCUACCCGAAUAGUUUAUUAAAAAUCAGCUUCUUUAUAUGCGUCAGCUUUUGAUUUUUAACAUGAGAGGGAAGUGUUCAGUGAGAUCAUUCAUAGUAAUGCAGGUAUCCUGGAUUUGAAGUCUUCCUGAGCAUGACUCUGUCUCUUGAAAGAUGUUGGACUUUCCACAUCCCAGCCUGCACUCAUUGGAGCCAAACUGACACUGGAGAAAUUUGAUAAUCAGAAAAUAUGAUCUGAACAAUACCUUGGCUGAUAUUUGCUUAUAAUUCUGGUAAUUGAAAAAUUGAGAGCAGAAAUUAAAGAUGAAGGGGCAGAAUCUAUUCAUAUUUGAAAUUCAUCUCUAAAGCAUAUAUGCCAAAUUGUGACGAGUGCAGUUUCCCAAAUCAACCCUGUUGCCAGAAAGUGUUUGCAUUGUACAUUUGUGUAAACCAUGGAUA